AUGGGCUUGGUGAUUCUUCCUAAGAACAAGGACAACAUCAACAUGGCACUGGGACUUUUUGAAAGACAGAGACUCACUAUCUUCCAAAAGGCUUUCUCAAGCCUAAAGUUCUACAAUAAAGUGGGCUUUGUGUUAAUCCUGUUCAUUAACUACCUAGAAACUCCCAUUGUCAAAGCCAACAACCGGGACCUCUCUUAUAUCCUCCUAGUCUCCCUCCUGCAUUGCUUCUUGUCUCCUCUUCUCUUCAUUGGUCAACCAAGGAAAAUCACCUGCCUUCUCCGACAAACAGUGUUCAGCAUCAUCUUCUCAGUUGCCAUUUCUUCUCUCUUGGCCAAAACCAUCACAGUGGUGCUGGCUUUCUUGGCCACAAAACCAGGAAACAGAGUGAAGAGAUGGUUGGGGAAGAGCUUAGCCAAUUAUAUUAUCCUUUCUUGUUCUGCUGUCCAAAUUGUCAUCUGCUCCAUCUGGCUUUUAAUUUCUCCCCCAUUCCCUGACUCUGACUUCCACUCACAGCCUGGAUUGAUCAUCCUGCAAUGCAAUGAAAGCUCUGUUAUCAUGUUCUACAUCACACUCAGCUACAUGGGCCUCUUGGCUGCCAUCUGCUUCUUGGUGGUUUUCUUUGCCAGGAAUCUCCCUGGGACCUUCAAUGAAGCCAAGCUGAUCACCUUCAGCAUGCUGCAUGGAGGUCAUCGUCCUCAUGAAUUUCUGACCUUGGUCAUUGUCUGGAGCCAUCAGACCAACCAAGGUCCACCUGAAAUGGAGGAGCAGCUGGAUCAUCCCCAG